UGUGGCCAUAACAGCCCGGAAAACUCAAAGGAACCCAGAGGAGGUGCUCCUUUUGGCCGAGAGGUGGCGCCAAAGAGCCGCGUCCAUCCUUUCCUCUCCUUUCCCAUUCCCUUCUUCUCCCUCCCUCCCUCCUUCCUUCCUUCUUUCCUUCCCUCCUUCCUUCCCUGGGGUCUCGCACGUGGCCCUCCGUCGCCGCCUCCCGGCUGAAGGGAGGAGGAGGAGGCGAAAGGGGAGAAAAAGCGCUGCCUCUGAGCCGCCUUCUCUCGUCGGGCCGGGCAAAGAGGCGGCACAGCUUCGCGGCUGAUGCGCGUCGGGGGCGUCCCGAAGACGCGCUCCUUCUCCCGGCUUCUCUUCUCUCUUCUUCUCCCCUUGAGAGGCGCUCCGGGAAGAAGAGGAGGAGGAGGAGGAGGAUGGCCGCCAGGGAUGAGCCCAGCUGAGUGGAAGCCGGAGAGACCCCGCUCCGCUCUUUCCCUCUCUCCAUCUGUUGCCGGCGUCCAGAAGAACGUGGGAAGGCGCGGGAAGCGGACACGAGACUUUCCAGGAGUCGCCCUUCUUUGUGUCUGAAGCCUCCCCGUUCCCACGGACACGCGUGUCUGCUAGAACACACCUUUCUUUCUGCUCAUCAGUGAAGCAAGGAAACAAUCAAGAAAGCGAAGGCUUACUCUCUCUCUCUCUCUCCUUUGCCACCGCCCGUUUUGGGUUUGCCCCGACGCCUGUAGAAAUCGUGAAUCUUUUUGUACGCGAGGAACAGGAGGGAACCCUCGCCAAGCACGUGGGGAAGCCUGUACGCGUGUUCGCCCCUUACAUCGGGUAGCCUUCCUCUCCAGGACGCCGGAGGGGGCGAGUCGGUGCCUGGAAUCGGCACAAGAAAGUGUGGGUUGCUGUUGCUAUAAUAGCUACUGAGAGGCUUCAGUUGAAUCAGGGUGAAGGUAGAAUCUUUGGACUUUCCCUCUUCCCCGAUCCAGCGACACGGGCGCAAAGAGGAACGUCGGGAUCUGGAAACACGCGAGUCAACUGGGCCAGUCCUGGGGCCAUGGAUUGAAGCGCUCGGGCGGCCUCCCUUUCCGCUGAGUGAUAAGCAAUGAUGCCAGACUCCAAGCUUGGUGUCUCUCCUUUUGACUGAAGAAGAAAAGUUCUCUGUCUCCUUGGAUGCCAAGAGCCUCAGGGUUGGACUCCAAAGUCGCCCCGAAGUCUCUCCAGAAAGAGCUGCAGAACUACUGUGGAGACCUGAAGGGAUUGAAUGGACUGAAGGGAACAGAUUUCUUUCUCAGUUAGAAGUUGCUGCACUCUAGAAGGGGGUUGGAAUCAUUCUUGCCCAAAGACCCCUUCUCUCAAUUUUCAAAGGUCCCUGGAGGGGUCAAAGCCACACCUUGGGGAGCUGCAGAUGCCCUUUGGAGACCCAAAGAGAUCAGCCAGACUAAGGAGAAAAGGUUAUUGUUUUACUUUUUUUUGAAGAGAGGUCGAAACAAACUUGCUUCCAAAUUCUUCACUGAGUCCUGGAAAGGUUGAAGCCACUCUUUGGAGAACUAUUCCUAUGCUUCUUCUCUUUGUUGAGGGGUCGAAAUAAAACUUGCCCAAAGACCUCUUCAUAUCUUCACUGAGCUGAGUCCUGGAAGGGUCAAAUUUGUCGUCCUGCUCCUGAUCCAUCGCUCACUCCACUCACUGUCCUUGGAGGGCAGCUUGGCCUGGCCAGGAUGUCCAAAGUCCUGGCGACAGGGGCCGGAGCGGGAUCUGGUGGGUCGGCCGCAGGGACACCGGUGGCCGCAGGGACGCCUGAAGCGGGGGGUGUGGCGGGGCAGGCGGUGGCAGGGGCCGGGGUGGCCGAAGACCUCUCCAAGGUGGCCGACGAGGAGCUGCUGAAGUGGACCAAAGAGGAGCUGGUUCGGAGCCUGCGCAAGGCUGAGGCUGAGAAGAUGAGUGCCAUGCUGGAUCACAGCAACCUCAUCCGCGAGGUCAACCGCCGCCUCCAACUCCACCUGGGUGAGAUCCGGGGGCUCAAGGACAUCAACCAGAAACUUCAGGAAGACAACCAGGAGCUGAGAGACCUUUGCUGCUUCUUGGAUGAUGACCGGCAGAAAGGCAAAAAAGUAUCCCGGGAGUGGCAGAGACUUGGCCGGUACAGUGCCGGCGUCAUGCACAAAGAGGUUGCCUUAUAUUUGCAGAAGCUCAAGGAACUGGAAGUGAGACAGGAAGAGGUGGUGAAGGAGAACUUGGAACUGAAAGAGCUUUGUGUCUUGCUGGAUGACGAGAAGGGUGGCGUUGCUGGCUGUAGGAACUCAAUCGAUAGCCAAGCCAGCCUCUGCCACCAAUUAAAUGCCACCAGCGCCUUCAUAAGGGACGUCGGUGAUGGAAGCAGCACCUCCAGCACCGGCAGCACAGACAGCCCUGAUCACCACAAGCACCAUGCAAGCUCCAGUCCUGAACAUCUCCAGAAAACAAGGAGUGAGGGGAGUCCUGAGCAUCAUAAGCACAGGAGCGCUAGUCCCGAUCACCUCCCCAGACGCAGGAGUUCGGGAAGCCCUGAUCACCAGAAGCAUUUGAAAGGGCCAAGCCCAGAGCACCACAAGACACACGGCAAAGGUGCCCCAGAUCAGCAGAAGCACAGCUGUAGCAGUCCAGAAACCUUGCCAAAGCACAUGCUGAGCAGUAGCCCAGAACAUUUUCAAAAACAUCGCCCCGGGAGCAGCCCGGAGCUCCAGAAGCACAGCGGAAGCGCCAGUCCGGAGCUUCUUCAAAAACAUACCUUGAGUGGAAGCACAGAGCACCUCCCCAAAGUGAGAGGCACGAGCCCUGAGCAUCUCAAACAGCACUACGGGGGAAGCCCUGAGCACCUGAAACACUUGGGCGGAGGCAGCAGAGAAGGCACCUUGAGGAGACAGGUGGUGGAUGACCUGUCACCCCAUCACAGAGGCCUCUACAAUGGAAUGAAUGAAUCAACAUUGUCCUAUGUUAGGCAGCUGGAAGCAAGAGUAAGACAGCUGGAGGAGGAAAAUCGCAUGCUGCCCCAGGGUCCCAUUAGGAGGUCAUCAGGGGCAGAUGGGAAUGUCUGCCCUCCAAGCCAUCCAACUAGCAUCAAUGAGCAGCCCUCUUCACCUUCUCAGCAGCCUGAAGUGGUGGUUAAUGCCCUUAAGGUUGUGUGGAGGAAACUUGGAGAUGCUGCCGGCUCGUGUCCUGGAAUUAGGCAACACUUGUCGGGAAACCAGUACAAGGGCCCCAUGUGAAUGGAUACCAAAACAAAGAAGAGUUUUGACUGCUGGUGGAUUUAAUCUAUUUGCAGCAACCUCUUUGCUAACAAUAAGAUAAUUGCAAUCACUCUUGAGUUCACCUCUGGAAAAUUGUACAGUCUUUUAUUUUUUCCUUCCUCCUUUUGCAAAGACUUUGGGGCAAAGCAUCCAGAUCUCCAGGCACUCAGUAUACACCAAGUAAUCCAACUCUGCUUCUGCCACGGAUAUUUUCAACAUAACAAGAGGAAUCCAGCUCAUAAUUUCAAGGCUUUUUGGAGACUUAAUCAAGGAGGAAAUCUCAUAAAAGUGCAAGAAUGGCAGUGGAGAGAGACAGAGCAAAAGAGAAAGAAUAUACACUGUAGUGGACUUCCAGUGACAUUUUCCCAGGAGAUUUUCAAUGGACUGGAGAGAUGCCAAUGAACUGUGCCUUGGGUCUUCACGGUUUGGAGGGAGUGGGUUUCUUUGCAGCUGUAGACUUGAGUGUAUAAAAUGUCAAUGGUGCUUAGGCAGACAGCACAGCAGAGAGGUUUUUUCCUUUCCAGUUUGUAGAAUAAUUGCCUUCUGAGGUGCUAAAAGCAAAAGUGAGAGAGAGAGAGAGAGAGAGCUAGCUUCAAGAAUCUUACUAAUAAUGUAGCAUAUGAAACUACAGCAUUGAAACAGAGGUAUAUCCUUGUCCCCACUCCUGCCCAAAGAAAUAUCCCUUUGCUUUAAUUAACACAAGCAAGUCCCAUACAAAGAGGUGGCAUUUCUACUCUUCAGAGAAGGCAAAUACCAUAUCUGCUGUCCAGUUCUGAGGCAUUUUAGCCUUUGAGCAUCAGGGAGCCUGUUACUGUAGCUAGGAAGAUUUCCUAUUUCAGGGUCCAAGUAGAAGUUGAAAGGAAAGUGUAUUCCCUACGGUAAACCCGAUUUAUCUCCCACAAUGGGAUUUCCACUCAGAGAUACAUCUCUCAGCAAUGAGAUCUACAAAGUAACUUGGUGUUUACUUUUCAAUGAUAGAUCACACAACCAGGAACAUUAAAUGCAAGACAUAUAUUUAGAGGGAAAGUUCAAAUACUAACAAACAGACAUAUUCACAUUUGAUGGGUUCAUCUCUGGGGGGGGGAAAACCCCACAAGCUAAAUGUGUUGUCAGGUUUACCCUCAAGAGCCAACGACAUCCAUGACAUCUUCUCUUAAGGAAAUGUCUAGAUCUGUUUGCCUAGUGAGAUUUGCUAUUUGGCCUAAUUGGUGGCCAGUUCUAUUCUUUCAGACAGGCAGGAAGAGGAUGUAGAGAUGGAAAGGUGCUUGGAUUGUAUUUCAACAUGAAGUUUUGAAAUUCUGCACCUUUUGAAACAGUAUGCAAACUAAAAUCUGGUCACCUUUUAAAAUUCGCCCCUCUAAAUUUUGCAGUGAUGUUCUCCAGUCCAAAUGUGCAUUUGUUGUGCAAAGAUGCACACAAAGCACAUAUAUUAGAGAAGAGCUAUUCAAAAUGCACUGUAUUAGGAAAAUUGCUUGCAAAUAUUCAUAUUAGGCAAUACUGCAUGCAAAUAUUAUAAGCACACAAAAUGCUAACUAAAAAAGCUCAAAGGUUUAAUACAAAUAAAAUCUAAGAAUAAGAAUAGAAUGAACAUUCACAACCCUUUUUUAAAAAAAUGGAUGUCUUGACACAAUUUUGACACAUAAGGAGAGGUUUUGCAUAUUUUCCCAUCUUUUUUUCCUUUUGAUAAAAGAUUGUUCACUCAAUUUUUCCUCAAAAUAUGUCUUUUCAUACAAAUACUGCAUUUCUUCAAAAUUAGAGGUCUUUUACAGAGAUAUAUAUUGCAGGAAAAUGUUUGAGCACAAGUGAAAUUUUCUCCAAAGUCCUGAAAUAAAAAAUACAUUAAAACCAUGGCAAAACAUUCACAAGGUCACUCAGCAGCAAGAAAGCGUUGAAAAAUGCAAUCCAUAUGUGAGAAACAAAAUAAGUGAAGGUUUAUAUCCUUACUAUGGUUUGUGGGAAAAAGAAACCAAGAGAAAUUGAAAGCUGACAUUCUUAUCUGUCCAUGGUGACACCCUUAGAAAACUAUCCGAGGACUGCAUUGGAAAGGGUUAUGAGAGUCAAGGAAGACAAGCGCAAGAGAAGCAUUCUAGGAUUCCCAACAAUGGCCAUGUUUGGCAUAGUCCAAGAAAUAUUCCAAGAGUUCAUCAAACUAUUGCUAGCGCUGGUAUUCAGGUCGCAGGUUCUACAAAACUGAUCUGCUAGGUCAGCCGUGUAUCCUACCUUUGUGUGUUAUUCCCAUUCACUCUAGCCAGCAAGACUAUUGGUGAUCCUGGCUGGAGCUGAUGUGAGCUAUUUCGCUGGCACAUACUGUGUUGGUCCGUUCAAGCUGAUCCACUGAUAAAAUUCAUGUGAGCAGAGAGAAACAUUUUUGAGAAGAUGUAAAACUUGAUUCCAUUUAAAUUUGGAGUGCUUCUACCCUUAUCACUUAUUGUGGGACAGAUCUGUCAUGGUGAAGGGCAGAUUGGCUCUGGGACGGUUUAUGCCAGUGGUUCUCAACCAGGUAUUUUGGCCUAUGACUCCCAGAAAUCCCAGCCAGUUUACCAGCUGUUAGGAUUUCUGGGAGUUGAAGGCCAAAGCAUCUGGGGACUCAUAGGUUGAGAACCAUUGGUUUAUAUUGUCAUUCUCCUAUCCACCCUGGCUGCUGCAGAGGUGGGAGGAACUCCUGGCUGUCCAGUGGCACUGAACCUGGUUUGGUGCCAUCAGAUGGUCUCUCUCUCCCAUUCUCUUCAUCAUGGCAACCAAUGGAGUGAUGUUGGCUGAGAUGCCAGAAUGGCAAGGAAGGGUGAAGGAGGAAGCAGAAGAAUCGCUUUCUCCUCCCUCUUCUCCGAUUUACUCGUCACUCCGUCUACCACCAUUCCAGGCAACGAGUGACUGACAUAACCCAUGUCAUGAUCACUAUCUGCUACAAUGAGAAUAGGAGGGGACAGUGAGUGCCAUCCUGUGACCCUGGGCACCUAAGUUCAGGGAACCUGGGAUGGCCAUGUAAACAGUUGCAGUUGGCUCCUUCUUGGAACCAGCCCAACUGUUUAUAUGUGUGCAAACUCACAAUUUGCUCAGAAUUCUGGGGAAGAAUUUGGAACAACCCACAUUAAGAAUCUUUGGCUUAGAUCAGCUCCAUGAGUCCCCAAGAGGAGAUAGGGCAUGGCAUAUAUAAAGUUUAUUAUUACAGUAGAGUCUCACUUAUCCAAGCUAAAUGGGCUGGCAGAACCAUGGAUAAGCGAAUAGCUUGUAAAUCGCCUAGAGCAUCGUGGAUGGAGGGCGAUUAAUAAGUAAUUAAAUGAUGAUGAUGAUGAUGAAUAGCUUGGAUAAUAAGGGGGGAUUAAGGAAAAGCCUAUUAAACAUCAAAUUAGGUUAUGAUUUUACAAAUUAAGCACCAAAACAUCAUGUUAUACAACAAAUUCGACAGAAAAAGUAGUUCAACAAGCAGUAAUGUUAUGUUGUAAUUACUUUAUUUAUGAAUUUAGCACCAAAAUAUCCUGAUAUAUGGAAAACAUUGACUUGGAUAAUCCAGAACCUUGGAUAAGCGAGUCUUGGAUAAGUGAGACUCUACUGUAUGUAUCAUUUAAUUGCUAUGGAGCUGAUUUCCGGGCUUUUUGCACUAAUUGGUCAAUGCAAAUGUGUUCUUAGUUUCAGAAAUCCAUUUUUCUUUCUUUGGAGCAAACCUGCAGGCUUCAGCUCCUUAGUUUUCUGGUUCCUAACACAAAUUGAUCAAAGUCCAAGAUUCCAGAUUCUGAAGUACUCCAGUUCCUUAAUUCUCAUGGGAUGCUAGAGAACAUGGACAUGAAAACAGAUAGACAGACAGGAUAUGCUGACACUUGGACUGUUUUGGGGCAGGCAGGGCAGCUUUGUCUAUCUGCUAUUAAUGCAACUCCCAUGUCAUUAUAAGUCACCUAUUCCAGCCUAUAACUUCCAGCUGCUUAGGAUGUUGCACAGAUGCCUGCAAAGCUCUGAUGCAACCUUCAGUUACAAAACCAUGCCAUCUCAACUAGAUAAUACAAAGAAAGAUGAGAAAGCAAAGGAAGCUUCAUUCACAACCCAAAGAAUGAAACAGGACUUUGAUAUUGAGCUGCCUAAAAGGCGUAAUUUUUGGUUGGAUCCUAAACAAUCUGCAUCAAUGUUGUUGACAACCAGAAUAGCACGUCUCCUUCCAAAUCAAAUCAAAAACCCAUCAGGCACUACCACUAAAUAGUUCUAUCUUAACUAGUGAUUCCUAGUAAGCUGCAGGUCAUGAAAUUAUUUAAUAAUUCCUCAUUGUGGAAUUAUUGAAUACUAUGGUGCAUUUAGGUGGACCUACAGCUGUUAGCCUGCCUUCAGGAAAAUGUCCUGAUUUGCCCAAUAGCCUUCCUGCAUCCUAUAUUUCUAUUUUGUGAUGCCUUAUUAAAAUUCAGCAGAUCAUUUUAAGACCAGUGGUUAUGGCAGAUAAUCCAGAUUUGCUCGUCCAAUUUGGGUAAUGGUAUUAACAUGAUGGACUUGGUCAUGGUGAAAUGUUUCUCUAGUGGGCUUUAGGAUUGGCUGUUAUAAGCAACAUGCUAUGUACCUGAAGCUUCCAACAAAACCCCUACCACAGGUCCUGCUGAUGCAUUAAGUUUCCUGUGUCACACCAUAUUUUUCUGUGCAAGAGUCUCUAAGACUCAUACAAAACAGCUCUGCAUUUAUGGGAGUGGGAUGGGAGAAAGCUUAACUUACUAAUGAUGAUUUCCUUUCAAAGGAAAUACUAAAUAUUCUCAAGAGCAUGUCUUUCAUUAAGCUGAGGUUUAAAACUCUGGUUUUGUCAUGAGUUUUUCAACCUGGAUGGGCUUACAUUGCCAUUCCACCCCCCAUAUAUCAUUAGAUUGUGUGUAAUGAAAUGCUCUUCUAGCUAUUUUGUGUAUAUAUCAAGAUGCAGCAACAGUUUCUUGUAUGACUGUCCAACUGGCUUGUGAUAAAAUGCUGUUGCUUUGACUUUUUAAUCAUAGCUGAAUAUUUAAAGCAUAAAAAUAGGAAUGCAACAAUUCCCAAGUUUGAAUCAAUUUUUAUUUUGUUUGAUCAUUAAGACUUAAUUCCAAGCUGAUAUCCUCCUGUUUUUGUUUUUGUUUUUUUAAAUGUGAGCUUUGUUACAUGUUGUGGUAUUGAUCUGUGGGUUGUGGGAUGUGAUUGCACUGUGGCAAUACAACCCUUUUUAUCUGAUGGUAGCAUGAUAUGAAUUAGCUACCUGUUUUUCAGGGGGAAAAUCACAAAGGGGUUGACUUGCUUCAGUGACUCAGUUACUUUCCUUGAAUUUUUUUAAAUGUCAUGGUAGUCAAAUCACCACUUUCAUUAGUUACCUUCAAUUGUUGUAUUCCUAUAAAUAUAUGAGAAACAGUGAAAAGAGAAACCCUCAAUUAAAUUUGCAACUGCAGUCAAGGGCUGGAUCCAAAGAGCUAUUACUUACAAGCUCAAGAGCGUUUGUGUGUCUAGUGGGGUUUUGAGCUACCUUUGAUUACGAACCCUUUUUUCCUAUUCAGUGGAUCACCAUGACUUCAUGUCAGGUGUGGUGAUUCUGCUCUAGGUUGCAGUCUGCAAUUUAAAUGAGCUAUACAUGGUGCUGACCUGUUGUGGAUAAAAAGUUCAGGACCUUGGAUAGCUCAUUUGUUUGACUAAAACUCCAUUGAAUAACAGAGCUACCCAAGAUCCUGAUUUUCUAGAGAGAAUGGCUUCAGUACCUUGGGUACUCUUAUGGUUUAUGAAUAAAGGAGCUAUCCAGGGUUGUGAUGCACCAUGACACUAUGCUUUGAAAUCAUGGAUAGCUCUUUUGUUUAAACAAGCCACCCCUGGGUGAAGGAAUUAUUCAAAGUGUUAGUCUAUUAUGACUACAGGGUUCAGACCCUUGGAUAGCUCUUUUGAUUAAACAAAAUUCCCCAGAGUAUGGGAGCUAUCCAAGGUGCUGGUCUCUUUUAGGGAGAGGGUUCAGGACCUUGGAAAACUACCUUAUUUGAACAGGAGGGUUUUUCCAGAGUUUUGAACCUAUUUGGGGAACAGGAUUCAGAACUUUGGAUAGCCUGGAAUAAAGCCCAGGUCCAGCCCACCCCUGACACGGAAGCCAUCAGCCACCACUGUUUGUAAUCCUUUCUUUGAAACUCUGUUCAAUCUUUCAGAUACCUUCCUGUGGAGCAAAGUCCAAAGGCCCCCUCUCCCCCACCCAAGGGUUUAGAAGUGGUUUUGUUGCUUCUUGGAUCUGGCCAAGCUCUGCAAGAGCUAAUAUUGAGUGAUGCUAGUCUUUUGACAUGAUACAUAUGUAAAUUUUGAUACUGUAUUAAAACUAUUUUUUUACAAUUCACCAUCUAAUGGGGGUACCAAGCAUACGUGUUCAUCUUAGCAAUGGUAAUAAAUUAUUUAAUCUCA